UGAGACCCCUCACACUACAGAACACAUCGUGUAUACGGCCAGCACAAAACCCCCCAAAAGUGAAAUGUGAUUAAUAUAUAUUAAUAACGAUGGCAAACAUAAAAUAUCAGUUAAUUGGGGCACCAGGUCCGGCCAUAAAUGAAACUUUGAAUUUCCGAGUGGUCUUAAAAGUCUUUCUGUGCUGCUUCUUAACUCUUCUGACCAUAUUCUAUUAUCUAAGAUAUUCCAUUGAAACUGGAACAUAUGUGGAACUUGCAAUGACAACAGAAACAACAGCGACAACAAUUACAACAACAACAAUAACAACAACUAAUUCCACUCCGAUAACAAUAAAACUCUUCAAUUCAACGCAAGAGCCCACUAUAAGAAACUUUUUUGUGAACACCUCAAAGUGUCGGAUGCCAGCCCCAUAUCCCUUUACGCCUGAUGUUGCAAGGAUAUACAAAAAAGUGCCUUAUAAACCGUGCGAGCCCGGUAAGGAUCUCAUCAAAGUGAAUUAUAAGGAAGGCAUCUACAGUCUGCAUAUGAAUGAAGCGAAAAUUUCAUGCUGCUAUAAACAAGUUCUGCGCUCCGGAGUUGGUGCCAAUUCGGAUACGCAGUUUAAAUUACUGCCAUGUAGUAAUUUUCACCAGGACUUCGUUGUGCCACGUCAUGUAGAAGCAAUCAUCACGGAGUGUCGUCGAUUAAAAGAUAAAAAGUUAUUGCAACAGGACGCAUUCAGCUUUGUGCAACCUGCCAAACCUAUAGAUAAUCAAAAAGCUGUCAAUAAUUCAAAUACUAGCCAAUCCACUGAGCGAAGACCAAGCGUCCUACUGUGGGGCAUUGAUUCCUUGUCGCGCAUGAACUUCCAGCGGACUAUGCCGCUGAUGUACAAGUAUCUAAGAGAAGAGAAUUGGUACGAGCUGCAGGGCUACAACAAGAUGGGAGAUAACACAUUACCCAAUUUGAUGGCGUUGCUAACAGGAUUGAACAGCACAAGGUCUAUAUCUGUCUGCCAACCUAAGAAAGUGGGAGGACUGGAUGCUUGUCCAAUGCUCUGGAAAGAAUACAAGCAUAAGGGCUACGUCACUGCUUAUGGGGAGGAGUGGAGUAAAUAUUCCACCUUUAACUAUUUAUGUAAAGGCUUUAAAGCCCCACCAACGGACCAUUAUGCACGCCCGUUUAUCUUGGCUGUUGAGAAAGAGCUGAAGAAGCAGUACGACACAGCAUUACCCUAUUGUGUGGGUCGUCGGCAUUUUGCGGAGUACAUUUAUGAUUUUGCCCUACAGUUUACAGAAGCUUACAAAAAUGUAUCCUCAUUCGGCCUGUUCUGGACAAACACCUUUAGCCACAACAACUUUGCAUUGCCCUCCUCCAUGGACUCCAGGAUUCUUGAGUACAUGCGCACAUUGCAAAGAAGUGGAACCCUUCAAGAGUCCAUUAUUUUAUUUUUUAGCGAUCAUGGUAUGCGUUUUGGUAAGCUCCGCGAGUUGGAGAGUGGAUUUCUAGAGGAACGUAUGCCCCUUAUGUUUAUUUGGCUGCCUUUCUGGUUUAGGCAAAAGUAUCCAGCAUUUGUAAAUAAUUUAGAGCAAAAUAGAAAUCGUUUAACUUCGCCGUACGAUAUCUACGCCACCUUGAGACACAUUCUAGAGCUGGAGACUCCGCUGGCGGAGUUGCCACGACCUGAAAGUUGUCCCCGCUGUCAUAGUGUUUUUUUCAAAGUAGCCGAAUCAAGAGAUUGCUCAGAUGCAGGCAUUGACGAGCAUUGGUGUACUUGCGUGGAAUUCGAAGACGUUCCAAAGACUGAUUCAAAAACUACAUUAAUGGCAGAGCAGCUGGUCGAGGCAACAAAUAAGUACUUGGCGGAUAAAAACUUAAGUGGUAUUUGUCAUAUCCAGAAACUAAAUAAUAUUGAGUCUGUGCAAAAGCAAAUUUUACCAAGCUCGAAACAAUCCAACUCCUACCUGGUCCGAUAUGAGACGGAACCAGCCAAGGCGCUCUUCGAGGCAACGGUCAAGUGGAGCAACACGAGCAAGCAAAUCAGCAUUUCUGUGCCCAGCAUUAGCCGAAUGACAUCUUACAGGGAACACUCCGAGUGUAUCGAUGACAAAACAGCCAAGAAGUUCUGCAUCUGUGUUAACUGAUUAGUUAACUCAAUCGACUCCGGCUGCCGAAGUUGGUGGAGUACCGCACAACCACAAAAAAUUGUAAUUGCUGUAGAAAAGAUGCAUCUGCAUUCCUUCGUGUACUCGAUAUCAGUAUCUGUUGCAGCAGUAACUCAAUUUCAAGAGCAUUGUUGCCAAAGCCUAUCGCCAGUUCCGAUCUCACCCUAGAAUGUUGCGGGCAAAUUAGUUUACAAUUAUAUGACAAUUGCAAGAGAUAAUUGCUGCAAUAUCAGCGUUUGGA